AUGUCUGCUCCUUUUGUCAAAGAGAUUCCUACUCUCCUCUCCCUCAUCCAGUGUGCGGACUCGCUUGUUAAAAAUCCUUUGACGAAGGAAUCCCCGUUCUCCGUUCGUGUCGCCUGGUUCGACGAUGCAGCAAAGACUCAGACUGCUCUCUUGACUCAUUAUCCUCGCCUCGUUAAAGAAAGUUUUUAUACGGAAUUCGAGGAUACUGUUCAGGCCGGCAUUUCGCUCUUGAACUUCCAACCGUUCUGGAGUAUCAUGCUUGGUGUUGAGACUAGUCAGUCCAGCGCUGCUGCAGAGUCAUCUGCUACUAUGCCGGACUCUUCUCCUAUUGUCAUCCCUUCUGUCGCCGGCAAAGACUCUCCUCCUGAGAAAUCCGCCAUUCGGUAG